GAAACACCAGCCUUAGUUGCUCAACACAGCAAGGGAUCGUCCGAAACGCUGCCGGCGCGGAGCCGACGAUCGCUUAACGAACCAUUAUGGAAUCCGGACAGAAAAGAGGCGUUCGUAUGCGCGAUCAUCAGAUCGGCAUUUCUGCUGGGUUUCAACCGCCGAUUUUUGCAUGCUGCCCCAAGGGGUUGGUUCGACAUCUGAAAGUGUGUAUCGUCGGUUGGUUCGUCUCCAUCCGCUGGUAUAUUAAAGAUGGAUCAUAUUUAGGUUGACUCCGCCCAUGAAAAUUGGAACCUCUCCUGUCAUCCAUAUCAUUCUUUCGCCGUCUGUUUCUUCUUUCUCCCUCCUGUCAAGCCCAUAUCCACUCUUUGAUUCAGAGUUUUCUUCCCAAAUCGCAUACACGUUCUCUACCCAGCCUUUGUUCAGAUUCUACACCAUCAACCGACAAGAUGAUUCGGACGAGCAUCCGCAACCUCGCGAUCCUGUCUCUCGCCUCCCUCUCGUCUGCCUCUUCUUUUGUGGGCUGCUAUAGUGAACCCGGCGAGCUAGUUCUCGUGGGAUCCUAUCAAUUCCAGUCCAUCGGAUACUGCCAACAAACCUGCGACAAGCGUAAGCAGACUGUAUACGCUCUGCACGACGGGAAUCAAUGCUACUGCGGCGAUGCAUUGCCCUCUUCUGAAUCUGAGGUGCCAGCUGCACGAUGCAACACGCCUUGUGCUGGGUUCCCCUCUGAUACUUGCGGCGGCUCUGACACCUGGAGUGUCAGCUCCGACUCCAUGAACGUCAAGCGCGAUGAUGCCGGCUCGGUCAUCGUGACCGCACCGGACACGCCGGACUCAGCGGCAAACAUCCAAGUCAAUCCCACCUUGGUCGAGACUGGCAUUGCGCUCGCCAGUAGUGUCGUCAGUGACGCGGGAGGCAGCGCCAAGACAUCUAUCCCCAGCGUCAUCUUGACUGCGCCAACCAUGACUGCUGCGCAGCAACAGCAGCAGGUGGGCUCGGCGACCGCCACUGCCGCGUCGAUCGUGAUUGUUGCGUCGAAUACUCCAUCCUCUUCGGCUGCUGUUGCCUCAUCAAGCGCAUCUGCAAGCCCCUCGGCCAGCGUAGGCGCUGCUGCUGUCUUGGACCCGGGUGCGGGGCACGGGUCGCUGGUCGGUGGCUUGCUGGUCUCGAUACUUGCAACCCUGCUUUAUUAAAGAGACAUUGCGCAUGGUCGGCAGACGGAUGGCAGUUGAUACUCAUUUCAAUGUAUAGCUUUCACAAUACCCUUGAUUGACAGUCGAGAAGAACCGCAGGUCGGUUCGCAUGUACUUACUAUCGCCACCAGGGGGUCAUUGCAAUGCUCACUGCAGUCUCCC